GUUAGAUUCAUGUUUUGCUCACAAUGACCUGCUCAGACCCGCAGACGAGGAUUGCAGAUCCGAGUUCGCUGGAUGAACUCACUCUCGCUGCAAUCGAUGCCCUGUGCUCCUUGCCCCCCAACAGCAAAGCAAAUUUCCUCUUGGAUACUUCUAUUGCCCUUAUCGGCGCCGGACACUAUGGCCCAAAGGUCGAAAACUAUCUAGACGUCUAUCUUCGCACUCCUCGUCUACCCCACCAUGACGCCGCAAGAGCCCUCAUCGCAAGGGGCAACGCACGCAGAGCUGCUGGUCAGUGUCUACUCGGCAAGUCUCACCAAGACUAUCAAUCCGCUUCCCUUCUCGAUCCCUCAAAUCGCGAACUGCAGUCAGUUGUACGCAGAGAUAAACUCAUUCACUUUUCAAACGACGUCGCUUCUCGUCGUGCCCCACCAGAAAUUUGGGAACGCAUCGCCCGCUACAUCCCUCGCUACCACCUCCGUACCUGGCUCUUCGUUUCUUCGUUUCUUCGGGAUAUCGCCACCCGGCUUAUAUUUCGCACCUUGGAUUUAUACUUUGGCGAAGAUCUAGAAGGUUUACAUAGAGGCCUCGACAUUCUUGAUCGUGUAAGAAGUGACCCUGUAUUUGCCAAUCGCGUCAAGGUUCUGAGGAUACAUUGGUCUUAUGAGGAAGGGGAGCCUUUGGAAUUGGUCUCUCGCAUGUUCCGUGCUGCAUUGCCGGAGUUCAAGGCCCUCCGCGAGUUCGAGUGGAUAGGCUACCCAGAAAUGCGAGCAGACAUGGUCUCAUCGUUGCUUGCCAGCCAUCCACAUAUCCGUUGUCUAGGCUUGAUGGGAUGGCACUUCGAUGCCGAAGGCGUUUCUGCCUUUCGCAACUUGUACAAAUUCACUCUUCGCGCCGAGGACGACGACGGUUUUGCCGACAUUGGUGAAGUACGAACAGUCUUAGACAGGAAUGAUGGUCUACGCCAUCUCUGCCUCGGGGCAUACCUCAAACGCGAUCACUCUUGGGAUAAUGCGUUCCAGUCGUCAACUAUCAAAAACCUCACCCAACUAGACCUCGUGGACACACGAAUAUCGUCCGUCGUCCUAGCACGCAUUGCCCACGCACACAAUCUCCGGGGUCUAACUCUCCACGGGACGUUUGAACAGACGAGCUCGGCGUCUGUGAUGUUUAGUAGUGAUCACAUAAUCGACGAAAAGCAUACGUUCUUGCCGUAUCUGGAAAAUUUCCGGCUGGUUCUCGUGGACCACGACGAUGACUACGAACUAUUUGAAGCUGUGGUACACUUCUUGCGCCGCAGAAAGAGGAUAAGGAAGUUGGACCUUGGAUGUUGUCCGUGGAGGUUUGUUAUGGAUGUGUUGCCAGAGCUGACGGGCCUGCGUGUGCUACGAGUACAGUUUUCGGAGUUAAAUCAGGAUAAUGUUAGAUUACUUGCGAAAGCUAUCCCAAAACAGAUGGUAGCCAUACACAUAACCGCGCAUCGCUCUGCAAAACCCAUCAACGAGUUCACAUCAUUCUUCAGCAUCUUCCCUUCUCUGUCUUUCCUCCACCUUCGCGAUCUCUCUAUACGUCGACCACAACCAAAUCUCCUAUCCGAAAAAGAUUUCCGUGUCCAAACUGACAUCUGGAUAUCAAGUGCACAAAGCGUGGCCGUUGCCGCACCCUCGCUCGACUUCAUGGGCUGGCACGGAGAGCAUUACGUCAUCGCCAGAAGCUGUUCGACCAUCGGGUGUCCUGUCGUCGAUCUGCGAGAGUUGCCAGCGCGGAGAAGGUUGGACUGCGGGAAAGGUGUAGAUCUGGGAAGCGAAGAUGCGGCAUGGUUGGAGAGGAAGGACGUUCCGAUGGACUAUGAGAUGACAGAGAUGGUAGGAUCAGAUGUGUAAGAAAAUGCGUCUGAGUCAUUGUGAGGGCUUUGCAAGGGUUUUGCACUGGCGUCAGUCGCGAAAAAAAAAUUCGAAAGAGCACAACAGAAGAGUGGCUUUUUGUCAGGAGUCUGGUAGGGGCCAUUGGUGAUGGUGCAGACCAGCCUCAGCUUCACGCCAGUUCGGUAAGUAAUUGUACAACAUUGACAUUCAUUAAUCCCAACCUUGCUUCUCGGAGCAAUUAUGCUACCGCUGAAGUCAUGGCGUUGAUAUUGUGUAAAAUCCAGGGCACAUUGUUGACUGUAUAGUACGUAUGUAUUUGAGCAAAAGAAUUUUUUACCCAA